AUGGGGCAUAUUGGAGUUACAAAGGAUAAACUUGUGGCACUCAAGCAUUAUCAAAGUAUAGUGAAAUCUGGCCAUGACGAUGAAGCAUUACAAGUUGAUCAUUGCUAUUCAGUAUUAAUAGGCUAUUAUUGUAGUCAAAUCUUGGAUAGACAUAUUGAUUAA